GUGCCCCAUCGGCAUUUCUUACUUAGGGUAGCUCGACCCCGGACUUACUCCGUUUCGCCGAAAGCGAAGCGGGUAGCUUCGGCGCUUGGUGGGGCUAACCGAGCUUCCCAGGAGGGCCAAGAGAACUAACAAAACAUCGGCAUCAUUUCCAGUUUCCGCAUCCCACACUCGGUCCAUUGCCUGCGACGCCAGAGAGACUACUCGGACGCAGAUCGAGCUCGAAUAAUUAUUAGCACAGUUGCUCAAUGCUGCGCACAAUCAUUCCGCGCGUCCCCCGGCGGACUGCAUCGCUACGGUCCCUGCCCGCCCUUGUCUCCGGUCCUGUCACAAGCUCCCGUCGGCUCAUCUCGGCAUCUAGUCGAAUGGCCUCGCUCCCGCCCAUCGAUCCGUCAAUUCCGUCCACCACACCCUCAUCGUCAUACCAGCUCCUCUCCGAGACGCAAAAGGCGGGCGCGGCUGAGGAUGCCCUGCACCAACAGCAAGUGAAGGAUGUGGAGGCGUGGUGGGCAUCACCUCGGUUUGCCGGCAUCAAGCGCGACUGGACGGCGGCCGACGUGGUGAGCAAGCGCGGCUCGCUGCAACAGUCGUACCCGAGCUCCGUCAUGGCGCGCAAGCUCUGGAACCUCAUCCGCGAGCGCGAGGCCGCCGGACAGCCGAUCCACACGCUGGGCGCCAUCGACCCCGUCCAGAUGACGCAACAGGCGCCGCACCAGGAGGUGCUCUACAUCUCCGGGUGGGCGUGCUCGUCGCUGCUGACGACCACGAACGAGGUGUCCCCGGACUUUGGCGACUACCCGUAUAACACGGUGCCGAACCAGGUGCAGCGCAUGUUCAAGGCGCAGAGCAUGCACGACCGCAAGCAGUGGUUCCUGCGGUCCAAGAUGACGGCCGAGGAGCGCGCCAAGACACCCUACGUCGACUACUUCCGCCCCAUCAUCGCCGACGGCGACACGGGCCACGGCGGGCUGACGGCCGUCAUGAAGCUGGCCAAGCUGUUCGCCGAGAACGGCGCGGCGGCGGUUCACUUUGAGGACCAGAUGCACGGCGGCAAGAAGUGCGGCCACUUGGCGGGCAAGGUGCUCGUCCCGACGGGCGAGCACAUCAACCGGCUCAAGGCAGCACGCUUCCAGUGGGACAUCAUGGGCACGGAAAACCUCGUCAUCGCGCGCACCGAUUCGGAGAGCGGCAAGCUCCUGUCGUCGUCCAUCGACGUGCGCGACCACGAGUUCAUCCUGGGCGUGACGGACCCGUCCGUCGAGCCCCUCGCCGAGAAGCUGGCGGACAUGGAGGCCAAGGGGGCGCCGGGCGCCGAGAUCGACGCGUUCGAGGCGCAGUGGGUCAAGAACACCAAGCUCGUCACGUUCGACGAGGCCGCCGUCGCCCACUUCCGGGCGCGCGGCCUCAGCGCCGACAAGAUCGCCACGUACACGGACGCGGUCGCGGCGGACCGCGACAUGGGCAUCACGGCGCGGCGCAAGCUGGCCGAGUCGCUGACGCCCAACGACCCGGUCUACUUCGACUGGGACGUGCCGCGCACGCGCGAGGGCUUCUACCACUUCCGGGCGGGCAUGGCGGCGGCCACCAAGCGCGCGCUCGCCUUCGCGCCGUACGCCGACAUGCUCUGGGUCGAGACGGGCGACCCGAACGUGCGGGUGUGCGCGGACCUGGGGCGGGCGGUGCGGGGGCGGUUCCCGGGCAAGCCGCUGGUGUACAACCUGUCGCCGUCGUUCAACUGGAUGGCGCACGGGUUCACGGCCGAAACGCUCCGGAGCUUCGUCUGGGACAUCGCCAAGGAGGGCUUCGUGCUGCAGCUGGUCAGCCUUGCGGGCCUGCACAGCACGGCGACCAUCAGCAGCGAGCUGGCCCGGCGGUUCAAGGACGAGGGCAUGGCCGCCUACGUGGAGCUGGUGCAGAAGCGCGAGAAGGAGCUGGGCGUGGACGUGCUCACGCACCAGAAGUGGAGCGGGGCCAACUACGUGGACGCCGUCCUGGGUCACAUCCAGAGCGGCAGCUCGGGGAGCAAGAGCAUGGGAGAGGGCAACACGGAGGGGCAGUUUGUGUAGACCGGUGGUAAAUCCGUAGUCUGCAUGGUAUGUAAGGUAUGUAUGUACCUAAGUACAGUACAUACAUACAUUUUCGCGACCGACUGGAGUUCUCGGUGUAUUCUUAUACGUACAU